AUGAGACUCCCCGCCCUCCAGCUCUCGACCCUUUGCCUCCUACCGCUCGUUACCCUCGUCGCUGCUCAACCACCACCCCCACCAGGUGCCGGCGUACCACCCACACCAGGACACGGCGGCGGCGGCGGCGGCGGCGACGAAUGCCCGAACUGCGAGCAGAAGCUGGUAUGCGGUGCUUGCGUCACGACCGAGAUCCCGUAUACGUCGAUGAUCCCGCAGCAGGAGCACAUUUGGACCGAGACAAAGGUGCUCUGCUCCGGGGCGCCCGAGGUAAAGCCGUGUGUCACGCCUGGGGCUACAGGCAUCUGA